ACGGAAUUCUGGAGCGCCCACUUGCUGGCUUCCCUCUUAUCGCCGACUUUCUCACACCUCCUGUCCUAUAAGAGCAGGCUGCAGCACGAUUUGGGCUUCCUCUUUUUUUUUUCCCUGUAGCCAUGAAUCUGACAGCUCCUCUGCUGCUGCUGCUUCUCACUGCUUGCCUGGGCAAUGGCGCCCUGCUGCCCAGGGCCCUGUGGCAGUUUGGGAAGAUGAUCCCGUGCACCCAGCCCGGCGUCAACCCACUGGCCUACAACAACUACGGCUGCUGGUGCGGCUUCGGGGGGAAGGGGACCCCGCUGGACGAAGUAGACGCGUGCUGCGAAGUCCACGACAAAUGCUACGCGACGAGCAGGAGGGUGCCCGGGUGCACGGCCAUCGCCGACCUUCCCUACGUUCUGGUUUACGAUUUCACCUGCUCAGACCGACAGGUGGCCUGCUCGGCGACCAACGAUAAGUGCCAGGCCGCCGUGUGCGAGUGUGACCGGGUGGCCGCUCACUGCUUUGCCCGGGCCACAUACAACCCUGACAACAAGCACGUGGAUUCCAAAGUCCAGUGUGUCAACUGAGUUACGCAAAGACCCACCAAAAAAAAAAAAAUGUAAAAAAAAAAUACACAAGAGAAUGGUGGAUUUGUAAAAACGUUUAAUUUCUCAAUCACGUUUGAUUAAAAACCUGGUGUGAAAGGAGCCUGACUUUGUGCAAAAGGCAUCAGUUCAAAAUAAAGAGAAUAAAGACUGUUGAAUUUCAA